AUGGCGUACUUCAGCUCAGGUUCAUCUGCUCCAGUAUCGUCAACUAUAGCAACAGAAAAAGAUUUAGCUAAUGAUAUAGUAAUAAGCAAUCCAGCUGAUGAUUCAAUAUCUGAUAUCGCUUUUUCACCACAGCAAGAUUUUAUGUUUAGUGUAAGUUCGUGGGAUAGUAAAGUUCGCAUAUGGGAUGUUCAGAAUGGUGUUCCACAAGGUAGAGCCCAAUAUGAUCAUGCAGGACCUGUAUUAUGCACAAGGUGGUCGAAUGAUGGUACUAAAGUUGUAUCUGGUGGAUGUGAUAAUUCUGUUAAGGUAUAUGACGUAACGAGUGGACGAAGCCAGCAAAUGGGGACUCAUGAAGCACCGGUAAAGAGUUUAAGAUUUCUGAAUUUUGGUCAAAGUAAUACAGAGGUACUCGUUACCGGUUCGUGGGAUAAAACCUUAAAGUACUGGGAUAUGAGGCAACCUCAACCAAUUUCUACAAUAAUGCUUCCUGAAAGAGUUUACACUUUGGAUAGCAAACGACAACUCUUGGUUGUUGGUACAGCAGAGAGGCACAUAGUAGUCAUCGAUCUUGGUAACCCAACGUCGAUUUUCAAAACAACACAAUCCCCCCUCAAAUGGCAAACAAGAACAGUAGCGUGCUACAAUGAAGGUGAUGGGUAUGCAAUUGGUUCAAUUGAAGGAAGAUGUGCUAUCAGAUACGUCGAUGAUGAACAACAAAGAAAAUCGGGUUUCUCUUUCAAAUGUCAUCGUCAAACCGCCACCAAUAGAACGGCCGGCUCUCAAGCACAAUCACUAGUAUAUUCGGUGAACUGUAUUGCAUUUCAUCCUAUAUAUGGUACAUUUGUCACUGCAGGUGGUGAUGGAUCUUUUCAUUUCUGGGACAAGAAUCAGCGACACAGGCUUAGAGGUUUCCCAUCCCUACAAGCAUCGAUUCCAGUAUGUAAUUUUAACAGGCAAGGAACAGUACUAGCGUAUGCAUUAAGCUAUGACUGGCAUCAAGGUUAUAUGGGUAACAGGCCGGACUAUCCAAAUGUCAUUCGCCUUCAUCCAACGACGGAUGAAGAAACAAAAGAAAAGAAAAAGAGGUAG